AUGAAGUUAUCUCAAGUUGUCGUUUCCGCUGUCGCCUUCACCGGUUUAGUAAGUGCUGCUAACAGCUCUAACACCUCAAGCACAAAUGCCGCCCAACCAAUUGCCGGUUUGAACAACGGUAAAGUUGCUGGUGCCGCUGGUGUUGCUCUAGCUGGUGCAUUGGCCUUUUUGAUUUAA